AUUCCAUUUAUCCAUUGAGUCACUGACUGUCAGGAUCGACGGCCAAAAAUGGUGCAUGCCUUCUCUAACCAUUUGGCUCCAUGUUGUGUGUCCCUCUCUGAGCGCCCUUCGGUGCCUUCAGCCACAACACCUCCCGUCAGCUGCUGUGGUUGGAGGCACCUGCUGCUGUCACAUGCAGCCAUGAGGAAGGAAGACACAUGAGUGAGUGAGUCGGGGCCCACCCACAAGGCACCACACCCGGUUGGACACCCACCCGCCUUAGGCGGCCCUCAUCUCGUCUCGUCUCGUCUCGCUGCAUCUCCUCUCCAUCCAGGCUCUCUACAUCAGCUAUCAAACACUCUGCCUGCCUCUCCCUCCCCUCCCGGCCACCACCCACCGCCCUCCCGCGCCUGCAGGCCUAUACAGCACAUCACCACCGGCCCACGACACAUUGACAGUAGCCAAGACACACGAAUUCACCAACCCACUCCCAUGCACUGCACCACAAAUCGGUCGACACACUCCACUGCAAAACGACCCGAAGAACAAAACCCGAACGAGGAAGAAGCAAGAGCCAAGUGCCAAGGGCCAAUCAGCUAUCUAUCUGGGCCUGUAGGUCCUUUCCCUACGCUGCGGCUGUUGCUGCUGCUGCUGCUGCUGUUGCUGAGGAGUCCUCCGGGCAGCACCAGCACCAGCGCCGUUCCGCUUCCUAUUCCUGCCCAUCGUCUGUGUGGUCGCGCCCUCAUAGCCGUUGACGCUGCCCCGCGGGACGACUGUCUGUGUGGCGGUUGCCGCCUUAAGCUGCUUGACGCCCCUUCUGCUGGGCGGGGGAGCGGUGAGGGAGGGGGGCGGUGGAGAGGGUAUGUCUGUGGGGAUGAGGGGAGGGGGCGGGGUGGGCCGUCGCGAGGCUGUCGGCUCGUACCCAAAUGCCCGGCUGAUGGCCCGCUCGCUGACACCCAGCGCAAAGUCGUUCAAGAGCUUCUGGGCCCUCGGAUUCUGAUAGACGAUUCACACACAGACACACACACACACGAACGGGUUGUCUGCCCCCUCUUGACCUCCUCCCCUCCCCUCCCCUGUCUGCUGACCCGCAGGACUUUGGACAGCGUCAUUGCGAGUGACCUGGUGUCGCCGGCCUGCCCCUUCCUGAUCAUGGUGACCAUGUGCGACAUCUGAUUCAUCGUCGGGUUGAGCGCAGGCGGCCUCGCCAGACCCUCGGGCUGCAACACGCUGGCCAGAGGGGCCGCCAGCACCCAGGGGAGCCGGGGGAAGGACCCGCCGAGGUCUCGCAGAUAGGCUGAAUACGACCGGACGUAGUCGACCGUCUCAGUGGCUGCCCACGCACCAACCAGGGGCAAGGCGUACAUGUCAAGUGUGUCGCCCAUGUGUCUGUCUGUUUGUAUGGCUUACUGAGGUCGUCGAGUCCAUCCACGAGCAGUGGGACCACCUGUUCCGCAACGUCUUCGCCCUCGUCAGAGAGGAGGAAGUUGACGAGCUGCGUGGACGCCAGAGACACGUCGAAGUCGGCGUCUGUGACGGCGUUGUCCAGCAGACUCUGCAGACGACUCCACCGCAGCUCACCGUCAGGCAUGCUGAGGACGGGGGAAACGCACAAACAGUGUGUCUCAGUGUGUGUGUGUGUGUGUGCGGGGUGUGGUGUGGUGUACCUGAGGUUUCUCAAAGCAGCCUGCAGUUCCUCUGAGGCGUCUGUGAGGAGGAGAGAGGCGAUGUAGGGAUACGCCUCCUUGAUGAUCGUGAAGGUCGGGUCGACCUGCACACAACACACACACACACGCAAGCCACCACACACAUGAGGGCCGGGCAGGGACGAGCUUGCUGUGUCUGUGUCUGUGUCUGUGUCAUGCAGCCAUCCAUCCUUGUUAGUGACCUACCUGUAUUGAUAUCCCCUCGAGGACGCCCAGACACCGAAUGAUGGCGAUGUAAAAGGGCGGCAGCGAGAAGGGGUACGUGUACAUGACGUCCUGUCAACACACACCGCCACAAGUGCCCGAGAUGCGUGUGUGGCCUUUCCACCCCUGUCCACUUACCCCCAGCUUGGAAAUGACGUUUUUGAAGUUGAGUUCGCUGACCGAGGAGCCUAGGACGUCUGGCAGCGUGGCGUUGAGGGCCUUGACGAUCGGGUCGGUGGGCUGGUCGGGCGGGAUGAAUCCCAUCCGCUUGUACAGAUUCGCCAGCGCCUCGAAAUCACGAUUCACUGACAACAGAACACACGACAGAGAGAGGCCGGGGGGAGCAGAGACGCAUCCACACAUGCUGAAAGACGCCCGUGUGCGGUGUGUGUGGCAAGGGCCAUCAAUUACCGAGGUGCACGACGGCCUCGAUGAUGGAGUACCGUUGGUAGGGCUUGACGUAGGACAUCAUGCCAAAGUCGAGGUACACCAGGUUGCCCUCAGGCGACACCAGCAGGUUGCCCGCAUCUGUCGCAUGCACCCAAAUGCACCGGCAGCCACAUGUGUCAGAUCUGUGUGUGGUGGAGCUCUCUCUCUCUCUCUCUCUGUAGGCGUGUGUGGGUCACGUGGGUCGGCGUGGAAGAAUCCAUUGUCGAGUAUCUGCUUAAAUGAGCACUGCACGAGUAUGUCGAUGAGCUCGCUGCGGUUGACGCUCCGCUGGUCGAGCACCUCCUUGUCGGUAAGCCUGUUGCCCUCGAUCCACUCCAUCACCAACACCUGCAUACACACAUACGCACAUGUGCCGCGCUCCACUGCUCUCUCUCUCUAUGUGUGUGUGUGUGGGUGAGGAUGGAUCACCUUGCGUGUGGUGAAUUCGUCAUAGAUGAGUGGGGCCCGCACACGGGGGGUAGUCUUCGCAUAGAGCUCGUUGAAACGCUGUGGUGCACCACCCACACCCAACAUGGCCAACAUUGACGCGAACUGCUGCCUGCGUGUGUCUUGUGUGUAUUGUGUGUCGUUCGUUUGUGCGUCAGUCACCUUUGCGUUGUUCGCCUCGAGCAGGUAGUCGAUCUCCCCAUAGAUGAGGCGGCCAAAGUCGUCAAUCACCGACACCAGAUUAAGGUCGCGCUUCAGAACACCCAGCAGACGAGUGAAUAUCUGACCCAGAGAGAGACUGCAUGAGGGCCCCAUAGAUGCAUUCCCUCGUGUGUGUGGACCUUCGAGUAAGUCGAAAGGAUGUAGAGGUCCAGGGAGAUGAUCUCCUCACACCCCGGCCGCUGCACCUUCACCGCCACUUCAGCCCCGUUGCUGCGCAGCCGGGCACGGUACACCUGCCCGAUGCUCGCAGCGGCGAUGGGCUCGCUCUCGAUCUGAGAAAACACCUGACACACACACAAAUCCACACACAUCUGGUGGGUGGGUAUGUGGAGAGGUGUGUUGUGUUGUGUUGUGUUGGUACGUCAUUGAUAGGCAUCCCAAGCUCCUCUUCGAUGGUCUGGAAUGCGAUGUCUGAGGGGAAUGGCGGCAGUCGGUCCUGCAGCUUCUGAAGCUCCUCGAGGUAUUCGGCCGGCAGCAGAUCGGGCCGCGACGACAGAGCCUGACCCGCCUUGAUGAUCGCAGGACCUGUGACACACACACGCACACGGACAGGACAGAUCGUGUUGCGUGGCGGCUCGCUGGCGUGGCGCCCAUACCACCUACCGAGGUUCGAUAUGAGCUGCAGCAGCUCGUUGGCCCUUUUGCGUCUGUUCUUCUUCUCGACGCCCAUCUGUAUGUCCAUCACCACUCGACCCAGGAAGCGCGCAAGAGGCGAUAACAGCUGGACCUGGUGGACACACAAAAUGCCACACAACCAACGCACCUAUGACAGACACUGUUUCGCUCUCUCGUGACGGUGUGUGCGUGCGCGUGUGUACCUGUCUUUUGCUGACGACGAGGGGCUUAUUUCUGAAGUGCUUGCGGGCGGCAUCUGCAUCAUACGGCACCGACGGCUGCAGCAACGGCUCGGCCGCUGACAACCAACACACAAACGUGCAGUGCAGCAGAGUGACAUUACAUUUAGUCUUCCUGCACUCUUCACUCCAUGCCCACCUCUAGAAGUCUGCACGGCCUUCUGCAGCAGCUCCCGCGCCUUGAUGAGCCUCUCGCUGGCAUAGCUCGGCCGCAUCAGACUGGCGUCACUCGCACUCACGGGCGGGUCAUCAACAUCGUCUCUCACAUUCCCGCUGCUCUCAUAUGCCGCAUCCGUCUCCUCUAUAGCGAACUCCACCUUCUGCGGCGGCGCCCGCGGUGCCCUCACGGCGUGCAGCACACUCACAGUCCGUGCUGAUCUCUCCCUGGAGUGCACUGAUGACGAUGGCGCCGCUGGAAGAUGGGCAAAGGCCGCCGCCUGCCGGGCGGGGUAGGCGAUGGGAUGUGUGGAUGCUGCGCCUACUGACACGGCGAGGAAGAGCAGUGCCGCUCCAGAGGAGGAUAAGAGAGCUCCCAUGAGGAUCUCUCACAUCAAGACAGCUGACGCCGGAGAUUUCGAUGAGAAAUGAACCGCUGCUCGUCGUAGAAGACUGCUGCUGUGAGAGGAAGCGUUCACUGAGCUGAAAUUGCU